CACACACACACACACAAAACAGGUGUUACUAAUUGCAAUAAUGAUAGAUUUAUUAAAGUACCCCAGAUUUUUAUUGUCUACACCUGUGUAUAUUUAUCAUACUUGACUCGACACUGACAUCUGCUGGCAGGGAGGAACAUUACAUUUCAAGAGCUUUUAUUUUGAAGUGUUGUGACCCGCAGCUGUUGCUAAACCUCUGUUGACAGUGGAACGAGUGUGAAGGGAACACAGCAGUGAAUGCUGCAUAUCACAGGAGGAUGGACUCCAGUGGGAAACCCUCAACUGCACAGAUCGUGGUUUUAGCCACCAGCUCAGCUCUGACUGCAGUCUUCUAUUCCAUUUACAAGAGCCGAGCUACAACAGUUGCCAGAUUAAAGGAAGCAAAGAAAGUCUCCAUUGAUCAGGAUUUGAAAAACAUCCUGUCGGAAACUCCUGGCCGAUGUGUCCCAUACGCUGUCAUAGAAGGUGUAGUGAGAUCUGUGAAGGAAACUCUGAGCAGCCAGUUCGUUGAUAACUGCAAAGGCGUGAUUGAAAGACUGACCUUGAAGGAGGAAAAGAUGGUGUGGAAUCGCACCACUCAUCUCUGGAACAACACCGAGAAAAUCAUCCACCAGCGCACCAACACAGUUCCCUUUGCCCUCGGCUCUCACAACGACGAUAUCGCCAUCACAGUACGGGUUAUACGUCCGCUAGACGCGGCCGAGUUGAACCUGGAGACCACGUACGAGAACUUCCACCCCACGGUCCAGUCCCUGUCCAACGUUAUCGGCCACUUCAUCAGUGGGGAGCGCCCCAAGGGCAUCCACGAGACGGAGGAGAUGCUACGGCUGGAAGACAGCGUCACAGGCGUGGGCGAACUGGUCCUGGAUAACAACCUGGUCAAGCUCCAGCCCCCCAAACAGGGCUUCCGCUUCUUCCUCACUCGGCUGGACUACGAGUCUCUGCUCAGGAAGCAGGGGAAUAGCGUCCGACUGUGGAAGAUCUUGACCGUCGUCUUCGGCAUCGCCGCAUGCUCCACGCUCCUCUUCAUCCUGUGGAAGCGGUACGAGCACCACAGAAAGGGCAAGAAGGAGCGAAGCAUGCUCAAGGAGUUCAAGGAGCAGCAGAGGAAACGCAUGCGUGAGCUCAACGUGGAAGAAAGCAGCGUGUCGCCCAGCAGCUGCACCGUCUGCCUGAGCCGGGAACGCUCCUGCGUGUUCCUCGACUGCGGCCAUGUGUGUGCCUGUGCCCAGUGCUACAGCGUCCUGCCAGAGCCAAAGAAAUGCCCCAUCUGCCGGGCGACAAUAGACAGGGUGGUACCUCUUUACAACAGCUAAUGUACUGAAAUGUGAGUAGGAGGUCCACUCAGUCAUAACACUGGAGAUACCGUAUUUCAUACCAAAGCUGCCUUAGGUAAUAUUGGUAUUUUGUUGCACUUUUUUUGCAUGUAGGUAGGUAGUUAGCUAGCUAGCUAGGUAGGUAGGUAGCUAGCUAGCUAGGUAGGUAGGUAGCUAGAUAGAUAGGUAGCUGUGCUGAAUCACAUUUCCCAUUCAAUGUUCAAAUUCACUUUGAAACCUGUGAAAGGAAAACAGAGAUGACUCUUGAGAGAGGAAAUUGGAUUCUUAGCAUAGGCUUACUUUUUUUAAGGUGACAUAGGUUGAUCGAUAGAACAUUCACUAAUUGUUUUUCCACGAACGUGCUUCAAUUUUUAUACACCUGAUUCCUAAAAGCAGCACUUAAGACCUUCACUUGGAAGGGAAGUCAAAUGUUGUAAAUGUCACAAUAUAAAUGUUUUAUUAAAACAGAACUGUUUAAUGUGCAGCCAAAAGGUUACAGCUAUUAUCUUGUUCCCUCUUAGAUUCAUAAUACUGGAUGAAAAUAAGUUCAGGAAAGUAAAUUUCAGAAAAUUGGCAUUUGCAUUUCAGUUACUGUAUAAGGCAUAUAAUACAAUGAACAAAAACAGGAAGAAGAUUAUGACAUUAACUGUCAAAUGUGUUUUGAGCACUCUUCGUAUUAUAAUUUUUAACAAAGACUUAACAUUUGCGUAAUUUGGUAAACUCCUCAUUUUAAAAUGGGAUUUGACUUAAACUUAGCCUGAGAGCAUUUGGUGCUUAUCGUCAUUCUUUAUAUUUGAUUUAAGAGUGUCUGCAGACUUUGUUUUUUCCUGAUUUUCUUUUAAAUGUCUGUACUUGGGAUGUAGCUUGUGGUUCAUUAAAGGUUAUGUUUUGUGCAGUACAGACGGGCCAGAUGAAAAGGUUGUGGUUUACAC